AAAGAGACAUGCGCGCUGCUCAACAUGCCCAUCCGCCCUCUUUGAUGGCCAGAUAGUGACUCCACCUCGGAUCGUUUCCAAACACUGCAACUAUACGCGGUCGCGUUGUGGAGGGAACCUUUUUGCGGGGAGACUUCGUUGCCGCACUCCGCUUUCGCAAUGCGUCUCCUGCGCCGCUGUCGGAUGCACAAUCCUGUCUCGCACUCUCAGUACUUGACAUCCUGCUCGUCUUCGUCUCAGGCCGUCCUUGCCCAGGGGAAUCGGUACCACUCAGUGUCGGAUCAACCAAGUCCCUCAGCGCCCGAGCCCCAUGGGCGUCUUCAUCUCAUCAAACGCAGCUCCGCGACAGGAUGAGAGCCACUGCGUGCACCAAGUGCCGGCAGGUGAAAGCGCGGUGCAAUGCGGCCGACCAGGCACCGGCAGGCUGCUCGCGCUGCCAGUCGCUUGGAAUCGCCUGUGUCUAUGACCCGUCGUUCAAACGCACCUCGAAGGCAAAGCUCAUGCAGAAGAUGGCCUCGGAGAUCCGUGAGCUUCGGCAAGCCUUGCGUAGCAGCAGCAGACCCGUCGCUGCUGCGGACACGGCACAAAUAGCUACAGAUGAAGAGUCACUAUCACCACCACCAACAGCCGAUUUAACAGUAACCGGGCCAGCACCAGCACCCACAACACCAGCAACAACGUCAGCACCUGAAGACGAUGCACCCAACCAAAGAUCACCUCGCCACCCCCCCUCCACGUGGACGGUGCCCCAGAUCCCCUCGCCGUGUCGCAAUUCUACAGAGCUGCUGGGGAUCCCUCCUCAAUCCCCUCAAACGACUAGUCCUGGGCAGGCUUCAGUCGUGUCUGUCGCAACCAACCGCUCGAUAGGCACCGUGUCUCUCACGGCGAGUCAAGUGGCUGAGAUAUUCAAGCGCUACUUUGCCCGUUACCACCAACAUCUCCCAUUUAAGAUGACUGACUUAUCAGCCGACGCAAUCUACGCCUCUAGCCCGCUCUUGUUCUGGGUCGUCUGCACCAUCACUUCUCCCUCGCUCCAACCCACGCUGGCCCCGAUAGUGAAGAGUCUCGUGGAGGAAGUGGUCCACACCCCCAAGCACUCGGUCCAGACGGUCCAGGCCCUCCUCCUGCUGUGCAUCUGGCCGUUUCGGGUCUCAUUCCUCAGUGACGAUUUCUCCUAUUUCUACAGCACCAUGGCGACCCAGAUCGGCCUGCAACUCGGGCUCCACCGGUCGAUGGGGACGCACACUUACCGCCACAGCUGGGAUGUGCAGCCGAUGCCUGACCAAGAGGUGAGGCUGACGACUUGGAUGGCCUGCUUCGUCGUUGACCGCAUACAAGCGACCAUGCGCGGGGUGCCGCCCUCGCUUCUCGCGGACCCGCAGCUGGUGGGUGCUUUUGACGACCCGGAUCUCGACCGCAGCCUCACCAGCCUCUGCCGCAUCCUGCACACCUUCACUCAAGGCAGCCUAGAGAUGUCCUACCACGGACCGGCUCCCUCGGGACUCCAGGAGCCCACCACUCGCCUGAAUCUCAUGAGGCUUUACACUGAGCGGCUCACCGCCCUGAAUCGGCUGGUGGAGGGAACCUGCACCGAUGCGCUCAAAAUCGUUUAUCUCUACUGCCGCGUGCAGGUGCAGGCGUACGUACUCCAAGACGACGUCACCGCGACCUUGGGGACGGAAGAAAUGCUCGAGAUGAUCAGACUCCUCGAGGAAGACGUCUGCGACCUUGUCGACCUCUGCAACAGCAUCAACCUAGCCAUCGGCCCCGGCCACGCCCGCGUGGCCAUGACGUACGCGGGCUUCGUGCUGGCGCGUAUCCUGCAAACUCCCUACAGCGGCCGGCGCGAGGUCCUGGAGGAGAAGCUGAAGCGCGCCAUCCAGGCCCUCGGCGCCUCGGCGCCGUCGCAGGACGACGUGGUCAACAAGGUCUGCCUCAUGUUCCAGGGUUUGCCCUACAUGAGCGACCUUAAGCGCUCGCCGCCGCUUUUGACCCGCAUGGCCGCCUGGGUGUCGUACGACUCGCGCCGCAUCUUUUGGGAGAACUGGGCCCAGAUGCGCCCGGACCAGGAUCUGCGGGGCGGUGGCCAGUUUGAGCUAUCUCCGGCACCCACGGCCGCUGCUGUCUAG